CCAAUGAGCUGACUCUUUGCGCAUGAAAUGACUUGACAUCCUCCCGACUGCCGAGCGCGUGUGCGCGCCAGCACGCAGGCACGGACGGGAGGGAGGAAGGGAGGAAGAGAGACGGAGAGGGAGGGAGAAAAGCAACUUUGUUAGCAGGCAUAGCCGCGUCUCCUCCGGCGCAGCCCGGUGAAAGAGAAGCGUUUGGCAGUUAUGGUUGAUCAGCAGUUCUUUCAUCCUCCUCCUCCGUGCGUCCGCGGCGGCACAGCCGCAGAAUAGAUGCUGUAUUUUGACUUAAAGGAUCAAUUUACAAAGAAGAAGAAGGGGAAAAAAACGCACCAAAACGAUCUUCAUCAGCCAGCACGAGAUGACAUUGAGGACACCUUAGCAGGACCGUGACUCCCACUUGCAGGAAAAUGCGGCUUUGGAUUCAUUAUAUUUUGCUGAGUGCAACAUCAGUCUGCUUUGUUGAGAUGUCUGGCCUCUACGGACAAUUAUGUGAGGAACUGUGUGGAUGCGAGGAGCGAGAGGGGAUUCUUACGGUGAGCUGUGAAAACAGAGGCAUUGCAAGUCUGUCAGACAUAAACCCAGUGCACUUCCCUCAAUAUCAUCUGCUCCUCACUGGGAAUCUUUUCAAGAAGCUCUCUGCCGAUGAUUUUGUCGAGUAUAAAGGACUUACAAUAUUACACUUGGGAAACAAUGAAAUAUCUGAUGUGGAAGCUGGAGCCUUUAACGGACUGUGGAGACUAAAACGAUUACAUCUCAACAAUAACAAAAUCGAUGCCUUGAAGGAGGAGUUUUUCUUUGGCCUUGAAAGUCUGGAAUAUUUGCAAAUUGAUUAUAACUACAUCACUCACGUGGAGCCAGAUGCCUUCAGCAGACUUCAACACUUGGAAGUCCUGAUUCUGAAUGACAAUUUAAUAUCUAGUCUGCCUGUAAACCUUUUCCAGUACGUACCAUUAACUCAUUUGGACUUGAGAGGGAAUCAGCUCAAAGUGCUCCCCUACACAGGUCUGCUGGAGCACAUGAACAGUGUUGUGGAGUUACAGCUGGAGGAAAACCCGUGGAACUGCUCGUGUGAGCUGAUUGCUCUCAAAACCUGGCUUGAGAGCAUUCUGUACACAGCCUUGGUUGGUGAUGUUGUUUGCGAGUUCCCCUUUCGGCUGCAUGGAAGAGACCUCGGCGAGGUUUCAAAACAGGAGUUGUGCCCCAGGAGAGCCAUCGCUGAAUACGAGAUGCCGCCUCUGCCACAUCUGAGCACUGAUGCAUACCGCAGGACGACGCCAGCUGCAGUUGCCGCCUCCUUCACCUCUUCUGGAGUGGCGAGAUCCUCAUCAAGACCCACCAAGGGACCUCGUCAGUCAGCCAAAUUAAAAUCAAGACCCACAGCGCGUACGCCUUCAAACAAACCGCAGAAUUUUGGUCAGAUCGUGUCUUAUCAGACCAAAUCUCCUGUGCCUUUAGACUGUCCCACCGCCUGCACCUGCAAUCUGCAAAUCUCAGACCUGGGCCUGAAUGUGAACUGCCAGGAGCGAAAAAUCGAACUCAUUUCGGAUUUAAAUCCCAAACCAUACAAUCCCAAAAAGAUGUAUCUCACAGGUAAUUACAUCACUGUGGUGCAAAGAUCAGAUUUUAUUGAAGCUACUGGGCUGGAUUUGCUUCAUCUAGGUAACAACCGGAUAGCUCGUGUUCAUGACAGAGCUUUUGGUGAUUUGACAAAUCUGCGUAGACUGUACCUGAACGGGAAUUUGAUAGACCGCCUGGCAUCUGAAAUGUUUUAUGGUCUAGAGAGUUUACAGUUCCUAUAUUUAGAAUACAAUGUCAUUAAAGAGGUUGCUGCUGACACUUUCCAGCACGUACCCAAGCUUCAGCUGCUCUUUUUGAACAACAACCUCUUGAAAACUUUACCAGAGGGGACGUUUAACGGCCUGAUAUUGGCCAGAUUAAAUCUGCGCAGCAACCAUCUGCGAUAUCUACCAGUGAGUGGUGUUCUCGAUCAGCUUACAGCCCUUGUCCAAGUUGAUUUGUAUGAAAACCCUUGGGACUGUGCUUGUAGUAUAUUAGACUUGAAGAUGUGGGUGGAGCAACUCAGCAUGGGCACAGUUGUUAACAAUGUCAUCUGUGGCUCCCCUAAAAGGCUAGCUGGGGAGGAUAUGAGAUACAUUAAGUCAACUAAUUUCUGCCCUAAUAACUCUGAUAUACUUGCUUCCAUGAUUCCACCCACUGAAGAGUUUUUUCCUGGCAGCACCAUCACUAUAGAAACAUCCCUGGACUCCAACAACCAUUACAGCACCAUUCCAUUAUCCGUAAUGAUUCUUGCCCUUCUCCUCAUCUUCAUUAUGUCAGUGUUUGUGGCUGCGGGAUUGUUUGUGGCCACGAAAAAGAGACGCCAAAAGACCCAAAACGAGCAGAACAACUCGGUGAAUGCAUGCAUUAGCUCCCUCAAUAUGGAAUACGGUCUUUAUAAAAAGGGAUCAAUUCCCAAAGUCAGGACAUCGGCUGGACACUUGUACGAGUACAUCCCAGCUCCUACAGAAUCCUCGAGUAGGCUUUCUGCCCACAGCCCGACCAACAGCAAAUCAAUGGACGGAUUCAAAGAUUUUGACGAUUUGAGUGGUCCCUUUCUGGGUAACUCUGAUGAAGAGGCAGCCAGUAAUGUGAUAAGUUCAGAAUACAGCGCAGCCACUCCAGAGCCCCUCAACAAACCUUCAACCCCUCGUCAAGAGGACCCGUGCGGCUACAGGGAGGCACUUGAGCCUGACAAGAACAGAUGCUACAGCGAUACAUUGCCUUGCAGGCAUGGCGCGCAUUCGUCAAACAGGUAUACCUCAGAUUUUGACGUGAGACAUCAAUAUCCGGACAGAAUACAACAGACUAUCUUAUAUUGUACAGCACCAAGUACUGUUUAUGUAGACCCUAACAGGAGCGAAUACUGGGAACUGAAAGCCAAGCUUCACAUCGAUCCAGAUUACCUGGAGGUACUAGAAAAGCGAACUACUUUUACACAGUUUUGAAGGACUUCCUGUCAUUAAGAGGGCAGAAGGGACGCUCUUUUCCUUUGGAUUUGUUUUAUUUGAAACUAUGUGAAACAAAAAAUACUCUUUAUGUAAGUUGUGGUAUGCACAUACUUAGAAGUGGUACAGGGAUGCACGACCCACUUUUUCAAGCAUCACUCUAUCCCUGUGUGGUUUAACCGUCCCGUUUAAAUGUGUAAAUAUUAACAGGGCUAUAAUGACUCAUCCUUUUGUCGACUUUUCACCCAGAGCUGAAUCAUUGACAGUAAUGUGAGAAUGAUCUCGAACUCUCAAAAGUUAGCUGCAUUUCACGAGUGUUAAUGAACCAUGCCGACGAUAUGCGCUCUCCCACAAAUAAAUCAAUGUUUCCUGACAGAAAUGCACAAUCUGCUGCCAGUUCUGUCCAGUCCGAUUCGAGCAAAAAUAAGCCCAAAGAACCAAUAAAGUCAAGUUUGGUGGAAUUAUUUUUAACCGUGGCUGAAGCUGCCCGUCACUUUGGUGAAGAGGAGCUGUGCAACCUUGACAUUUGGCAAAAAAUUAUUCGCUGACAAAACAAAUAGAGACAAACACAUUCAUGUAGGCAGUUUAUGUUGGUAGCUUCAAGGAUAAUUCUAUUCUGACAAGACUGUUAUUCUAAACUGCAGGACUCUCAAACUCCAGUAACGGCAAAAAACCUUUAACCAUCGAAGAUAAAUAACUAUUCAGAGCUUCACA